GCCAUUCAGGCACCUUCUGGUACACAACUGGAGGUACCCAUUCCAGAAAUGGGUCAGAAUGGACAAAAGAAAUACCAGAUCAAUCUAAAGAUUCAUUCAGGACCUAUCCAUGUGCUGCUUAUAAAUAAAGAGUCGAGUUCACCUAAGCCCGUGGUUUUUCCUGUUCCCCCACCUGAUGACCUCACACAGCCUUUCUCCCAGUCCUUGACUCCAGUGACUCCACAAAAAUCCAGCAUGGCAGCUCAAAAUCUGCCUGAGCAACAUGUCUCUGAAAGAAGCCAGGCUCUGCAGCAGACAUCAGCUACAGAUAUAUCUUCAGCAGGAUCUAUUAGUGGAGAUAUCAUUGAUGAGUUAAUGUCUUCUGAUGUGUUUCCUCUCUUAAGGCUUUCUCCUACCCCGGCAGAUGACUACAACUUUAAUUUAGAUGAUAAUGAAGGAGUUUGUGAUCUGUUUGUUGUCCAGAUACUAAAUUAUUAGAUUCAAUGGAAACUUGGGAC